UUGAUUGAACUUUACUCAGUAUAUGUACCAGCAUUUUCUUUUAUUAAAAAAAUGAAGCCACGUCCUUGCGGCUGCAAAGGAUGUCGCACAUGUUUAAUAUGUGAGAAGUUUUAUGGCGCCGAAAGUCUUAAACUUUCGUUAAAACUCGACAAAAAUAAAGGUUAUGUGUAUUGUCCUUUUUGUAAUAAAGCUUGGCCCGGUUGGGAGAUAGAUGAAUACAAACAACAUCCUAAUCAUUCCGGUGAACCUAUAAAUUAUCCAGGUAUAUAUAUUGAACCGGACUUUAUAACUGCAUCUGAGGAAGAGGAACUAAUAAAAUGUAUAGAUCAAGUGCCUUGGGAUAUAUCGCAAAGCGGCAGACGUAAGCAAAACUAUGGUCCUAAAACUAAUUUUAAGAAAAAGAAAAUUGUUCCCGGUAACUUUGAAGGAUUUCCAGAGUUUUCAAAAUUUUUACAAGACAGGUUUAAAUCAAUUGACCUGUUAAAAGAUUAUCAAGUUAUAGAACAAUGUUCAUUGGAAUAUGACCCGAGUAAAGGAGCCUCUAUAGACCCUCACAUAGAUGACUGUUGGAUAUGGGGUGAGAGAAUAGUAACUGUUAACUGUUUGUCAGAUUCAGUUCUUACAAUGACAGUUUUCAAAGGAGAUAUUAAGAAAUAUAAUUUGUAUUGUGCCGAUGAGUAUUAUCCAGUUGUGAAGCCCGAUGGAAGUAUUGAUUUAGAAUUCAUCAACAAAGAUAAGACUAUGUUAGAAAUUUGUAAACCAAAUGAAGAAAUAGAUGCUAUUAUUAGGAUUCCAUUGAUAAGAAGAUCCAUAAUAGUGAUGUACGGUGAAUCAAGAUAUCACUGGGAGCACUGCAUCUUACGAGAAGACAUUACAUCUAGAAGAGUCUGUAUAGCGUAUAGAGAGUUUACACCUCCCUAUCUUACUAAUGGAGCUUAUCAUGAAAUAGGAAAUGAAAUAACAACAAGAGCAAAGAAAUUUUGGGAUCACAAAAGUAAAUAUAAAAAGGAUGACGAAAUUAUUGAUACAUAAAUGUGAUUUCUAAUUUAUUAAAUAUAACCCAAAGAUGUAAAUAAUGUUAGUCAAUAUGUGAUUAUUAAAAUAAUUACAUUA